AUGAGCAACGCAACUGAUGAUGAUUAUUUCUUUGAGAACCUCAAAAAGGUAAUUAUAAUGCAAGAAAAGAUGCCAAUUGCUUCUCUGGUGAUCUCCAGUUUUGCAUUUGUGUUGGGGUUCCUUGGCAACGGGCUGGUCAUCUUCAUCACCGGCUUUCGUAUGAAGAAGACGGUCAACACGGUUUGGUUCCUCAACUUGGCCAUUGCGGACUUCGUCUUCAUCUUUUCGCUGAUUUUUGUCCGUGCUGCUGUGGUCUUCAAGUGGUACAUCAACCAGUACUUGUGCAAGAUGAACAACACCCUCAUCUUCCUCAACCUCUAUGCCAGUGUUUAUAUCCUCACGGUCAUCAGCAUUGACCGUUGCAUUUUCAUCCGGCAUCCAAUCUGGGCUCAGAACCAUCGAAAAACUCGGUGGGCUUCUUUUGUGGCCUUGGGUGUGUGGAUCCUGGCCUUGGUGUUGUCUUCUCCCCCUCUCUAUUUCGGGGGAACCGUACAAAAUGGCAAGGACACUCACUGCUACAGCACUUACGGUAACACCGUAGAUACUGAAAUCUCCAAGCGUCGCAGUGUGAUCAUCAGCCGUUUCAUUUUUGCCUUCGUCAUUCCCUUCGCCAUUAUUUUCCUCUGCUACGGAGCCAUUGCCUUGAAAUUGAGAAGCAGUCAACUAUUUCAAUCAAGCAAGCCCUACAAGAUCAUCACGGCUUUGAUUGUGACCUUUUUUGUAUGCUGGUUCCCUUACCAUGUGUUUUCUUUCAUUGACCUGCAAUAUUCAUCCCAUCUAGACAUGUUGUUGGUGCUGGAAACCGGUUUUCCCAUAGCAUUGGUCUUGGCUUUUAUCAACAGCUGCAUCAAUCCCAUCCUCUAUGUCUUUAUGGUGAAGGGCUUCAAAGACAGCCUGAAAGGGUUCCUCUUUUCUGCGUUUGAGAAUGCCUUUUCUGCGUUCGAGAAUGAAGAGUUCAGGCAGACCUCCACAACCAACAAAACCAAAUUUUCAGCAGAGGUGGAAUUGCCGUUAUGA